UGGCGGCGUUAACAACGCUGUCAGUAAACGAAUAUAAAACAUACACUGUACUAACGAAAAUAAAACGUAUAAUGACAUCAAACAGUUGAUGUACAGAAGUCAGAUUGGUCAGCCAGUGAAACAUGUUCUUUGAUGUACAGAAGUCAGAUUGGUCAGCCAGUGAAACAUGUUCUGUGAACGUGACUGGGCCUGGGAUAGUUGUCAAGUCAAGAAUAACAAGCCGCAAAGUCUUUUCAGCCAGUGCAGUAAAGUGACCCAGAUUUCGGAGCUGACCAACACGCAGCCCUCAGGCCUAGAGGGGCUGUCAGUGGAGCUGGAAACUGUCCUGGGGGAAAUUAAAACCCUGCAGAUCAGUCAGGAGGCCAGCAUUCAGUCAUUGCAGAGAACAUACAAUGAACAUAGGGAAGUUAUGAUAGAGCAAAUGUGUGGCAAUUUAAAUACUUAUAUAGAUGAAUGUGAUAAUAAUUCUGUGGGUACAUCAGGCGGAAAUGAGCAAUAUUUAAAAGAAGAGAUAUGUAGGAAUGUUGUUUCUAUCGUGAAUGAAUUUGAUAAUAUUACUGCGAAGGAACUUAACGAGAUGAAAGAUGAAGUUAUAAGCAUUAAAGGGUCAGUUACAAGUUCUAUUCAUAAAUGCACCAGUCUUCACAAUGACUUGUCACAAUUCCAUGAAAUUGUUCAGAAAAUUGGAGAUCAUAAGCAGCUCUGCCUUAUAGCCAGCAUAAAAUGUAAGCAUAUAAUACAGCAGGCACUGACUCUGCUGGGAAAGUCAGGCAAGGUGUUAAAUGUCCAGAGUAAUACUAAGCACAAUGUGAGAAUACCAAGUGAUUCAGAUGUAUGUUGGAUCACAGGCAUAUGUGUUCUGACUGAUGGGCAGGUGCUGAUCGCAGACUGCAAUAAUAAGAGUUGCAAGCUGCUGAACCAGCAGUACCAGGUGGUGAGUAACUGUGAUGUGACUGUAUAUGUAAUGGACAUGUGUCAGAUCACACCCAGUGAGGUUGCGGUGGCUUUGGAUAAGAAUGCUAGCAACACACAUAAUGUCCAGUUUAUUACAGUCACCCAGAGCCAGCUCAAUCUUGGUAGGAAGCUUGAGUUACAACAUGGAUGUACAGGUAUUGCCUGCAAUCAGGGAGAACUGUUUAUCUGCUCUGGUAGGGCUCUGUACAAGUACGCACUGAGUGGCAAACAGCUCUGCAGACUCUAUGAAGAUAGGUCACUUGGUUAUGCAGUAGACAAGUGUGCUGUGAGUCCCACAGGAGACAGGCUGUACAUCAUUAGCAGCUGGCACAACAAGCUUCUCACCCUGGCCAGGGAUGGCACACUCCUGGCUACAUACUCAGACACAGCACUAGUGCGCCCAUAUGGUCUACAUGUGACCCCUGCAGGCCAGGUGCUGGUCUGUGGAUACUGGUCCGACACUGUACUACAGGUGGGCUGGGAGGGAGAGAGUAAGCUGUCCACUCUUGCUACUAAGGAGGAUGGAGUGUGGGGGCCACGGUCAGUCUGCUACAGCAGCACCACAUCAUCCAUCAUUGUGGGACAGUACAGGAACAACAACAUCCUGGUGUUCAGAGUGGAAUAGUGUGUACAUUCGCUGCUGAGUCAGGACAACGAUGCUGAGGAUGUGGUGGGCAAGAAUGACCUGAAUAUGCAGAAGGACAGCACCACCAUUGAUAUCGAGUUGGCCCAGCAACAGCACCAGUCCUGCCUGCAGGAGCCCCAGUCCAGGACGACACAUCCACUCCCCUGACCCAUAGCUCAUCAUACUUGAUAUCCGAAAAAAUGGGGCCUUGUGCAUGUGCUUAAAUUGUUGUCACAGAUAAGCAUGUGCAGUUUGCACAGGCUUAUAAUGGACAACACUUUCCUCUUAAAGCAGAGCACCAGCAUUGAUAUCGAGUUGGCACAGCAACCGCACCAGUCCCGCCUGCAGGAUCACCAGUCCAGAACGACCCUUCCCCUCACUUGACUUCUAACUCCUCCCCCUUGACCGCCUGCCUCAAAAAGUCAGCAUCGUUGAACAACUCCGUUCUGCAGGAAAUUCUGAGCAUGAUUCUGUUCUGAACAAACGCAAUGCCCACGUCAUGUUUUCCAAACAUAAGCCUGGGUAGUUUUGUUAAGCUAGAGUUCCGCGUGGGCCUGAAAGGGACAAGUGUUACAGACACAAACAGUUAUAGCAGUAGUUAUGGUAACGCUAACAGUCAGUUGUUGCUGUUGGACAUCACAACAAAUAUCAUGAAGAAUAAAAAUUUCAAUAAAUUGUUCCAAUCUUUAUGGGACAAAGAGAAAUUGAACGGAAGAAAUUCAAGGAACAAUAAAAGCGUAAGCUUCCCUAGUGGGAUACAUCUGCUGUUGAUAGUUUGAACAACAGUAGGGUUACAGACUGCCCCAGAUUGUCCUCUCAGCGGCCUGAAUAUCAUAAUAGAACGGACUUUUGGCAAUAUUUCUGACAAUGAAAGGCAAUAAUGACUUGGUUGUGAAUACCCAGAGCACGAUACAUCCAUGCUGACAAAGAAAGGCGGUAAUGACUUGGUUGUGAACACCCAGAGCGCAAUACAUCCAUGCUGACACAGUAAGGCAGUAAUGACUUGGUUGUGAACACCCAGAGCACAAUACAUUCGUGCUGACACAGAAAGGCAGUAAUGACUUGGUUGUGAACACCCAGAGCAAGAUAUAUCUAUGCUGACACAGAAAGGCAGUAAUGACUUGGUUGUGAACACCCAGAGCAGGAUACAUCGAUGCUGACACAGAAAGGCAGUAUGACUUGGCUGUGAACACAGAACACAAUACACCCAUGCUGACACAGAAAGGCAGAAAUGACUUGGUUGUGAACACCCAGAGCAAGAUAUUUCCAUGCUGACACAGAAAGGCAGUAAUGACUAUGCUGUGAACACCUUGAGCAAGAUAUAUCCUUGCUAACACAGAAAGGCAGUAAUGACUAUGCUGUGAACACCCGGAGCAUAAUACAUCCAUGCUGACACAGAAAGGCAGUAAUGACUUGGUUGUGAACACCCAGGGCCAGAUAUAUCCAUGCUGACACAGAAAGGAAGUAAUGACUUGGUUGUGAACACCCAGAGCACAAUACAUCCAUGCUGACAGAGAAAGGCAGUAAUGACUUGGCUGUGAACACAGAACACGAUACACCCAUGCUGACACAGAAAGGCAGUAAUGACUUGGCUGUGCAAACAGAGCACAAUACAUCCAUGCUGAAACAGAAUGGCAGUCAUGACUAUGCUGUGAACACCCAGAGCACGAUAUAUCCAUGCUGACACAGAAAGGCAGUAAUGACUAUGCUGUGAAAACCCACAGAAAGAUAUAUCCAUGCUGACACAGAAAGGCAGUAAUGACCAUGCUGUGAAAACCCACAGAAAUAUAUAUCCAUGCUGACACAGAAAGGCAGUAAUGACUAUGCAGUGAACACCCAGAGCAAGAUAUAUCCAUGCUGCCACAGAAAGGCAGUAAUGACUUGGUUUUGAACAACCAGAGCAAGAUAUAUCCAUGCUGACACAGAAAGGCAGUAAUGACUUGGCUGUGAACACAGAACACGAUACACCCAUGCUGACACAGAAAAGGCAGUAAUGACUUGGCAGUGAACACAGAACACGAUGCACCCAUGCUGACACAGAAAGGCAGUUAUGACUAUGCUGUGAACACCGAGAGCACAAUACAUCUAUGCUGAAACAGAAAGGCAGUCAUGACUAUGCAGUGAACACCUAGAGCAAGAUAUAUCCAUGCUGACACAGAAAGGAAGUAAUGACUAUGCUGUGAACACCCAGAGCAAGAUAUAUCCAUGCUGACACAGAAAGGCAGUAAUGACUAUGCAGUGAACACCCAGAGCAAGAUAUAUCCAUGCUGACACAGAAAGGCAGUAAUGACUAUGCUGUGAACACCCAGAGCACAAUACAUCCAUGCUGAAACAGAAAGGCAGUAAUGACUUGGUUGUGAACACAGAGCACAAUACAUCCUUGUUGACACAAAAAGGCAGUAAUGACUUUGCUGUGAACUCAGAGCACGAUACAUCCAUGCUGACACAGAAAGGCAGUAAAGACUUUGUUGUAAACACUAAGAUAUCCAUACAUCCAUGGGGUGUGCCACAGACGCAAAUUACGCCCACCAUUUUGAACAAGGUGCUUAAAGUGAACACGUCUGGUUUUGUUAUGAGCACUUAGCACUCCGAGUCCAAAAGGCCUCACAUUGAAUUGAUGCAAGAGAAGGCUUUGAAAAAUAAUGGCAGUUUUGUUGUGUGGUCCAGUACGCCCUUCGACUUGCAACCUGAAGAAGGCAGAACUCAAACUUGGCUCUUAGCAAUAUCAGCAAGGCCAGCAUGUCAUCUCAGCUUCUUGAGCUUCAGUGAACUUAACUAGCAAACAUGACAAACGUCAUUGAAGUGAAAGUCGAUGACAACCCCCUUUUUGCACAAAUACUACAAUUGCUUAAGAAAAUCAGCACGAAGACAUCUUGCGUCAGACUACCAAGCCUCCUAUCAAUAUCUCCUCCCAUGUUGGUAACAUCAACACUUCCAACAGCAGAGCCUUGGUGAGUUCACUUCCGUCUCGGCAUCGAUGUCGCUUAGCAACAAUUGGAUGAAAGGCGUCGACAAAUUAGGCCGGACACGUCGCUCAAAUUGAAAUGAUCUGACCCAACAGGUUUGGGGUGGCGACUUCAGCGUCAGGACUUGCUCCAUCUCUGUCUAUGGCCCAGUCGCAGCAGCAGCAGCAGCAGCAGCAACAAGAACAAUAAGUAGUAUCUUAGCGGUGUUCUGGGAUAUGGGGCUUCAUGUAUGUGCUUAAAUUGUCAUCCCAGAUUAGCCUGUGCAGACUGCACCUACAUAAAGUCACAUUAAAUUGUCAUCCCAGAUUAGCCUGUGCAGACUGCACAUACAUUAAGUUCUAUUAAAUUGUCAUCCCAGAUUAGCCUGUGCAGACUGCACAUACAUUAAGUCCUAUUAUAGUGUCAUUCCAGAUUAGCCUGUGCAGACUGCACAUACAUUAAGUCCUAUUAAAGUGACAUCCCAGAUUAGCCUGUGCAGACUGCACAUACAUUAUGUCCUUUUAAAGUGUCAUCCCAGAUUAGCCUGUGCAGACUACACAUACAGUGACAUCCCAGAUUAGCCUGUGCAGACUGCACAUACAGUGACAUCCCAGAUUAGCAUGUGCAGACUGCACAUACAUUAAGUCCUAUUAAAGUGUCAUCCCAUAUUAGCCUGUGCAGACUGCACCUAUUAAAGUGUCAUCCCAGAUUAGCCUGUGCAGACUACACAUACAUUAAGUCCUAUUAAAGUGUCACCCCAGAUUAGCCUGUGUAGACUGCACAUACAUUAAGCCCUAUUUUCCCAGAAUGAGGCUCAUAUACUACACUUAACAUCAGUAUUUUAUGUGACUGAAAAGUUCCUAGCAUCAAAUGGGAAUUAUGUGCUUUUAAAUUGAUCACACUUAGUAAAUAAAAUGCAAAUAGCACUUGAUCUGAUAUCAAUUUUAAUCAUAGAAGGUCAGGGCAUUAAGUUUUGUAUAUUUUUUACCGAAAUUCAGCUCCUGAACCAAAUGUUUAUCCUUGCAUAAAAAUCUGCUUUAAUAGAAUUGUUAAAUUAUAUUUAAUUUUAGUAAAAUAAUUAUGUAAAAGCCUGCAGCUUCAGCUUAUUUUCUUCAUUUAUUUUCAAUGUUUAUUUAAAUUCCUGGAUUUUGUUUUAAGAGCCUGUUCCUACAGGAACCCAUGCAAUCAUAGAUCGGUACCUAGCUGAACAACAGGCUGUCUGGUCAGCUGGGCCCAGACGCCCAGUGACACUUCCUGGCCCAGGACCUUGGGGGAAAUGCUCAACUAGUCCUACCUGCAGGGUAGAGCCACACUGAACCUGGGGCUCCAUGAUAUCUUGGCCAUGGGCCAAGAUAUCCUCAUCAAUAAGAGUUUAUUUACAGGUCCUACUGGCCUCUUCACGAGGUUACGGUAGCCCGACCUGAAGGUUUCUCUAUCUGUUCACAAAGGCUUUAUACUCACAAGUUCAAGCCCAGUGAGCGAUGUUCACAUUAUCAAACUCUGCAUCUCAAUAGAAUCCCGGAUAUCAAAGCGUUGAGCUUUUUUUGAAGCAUUUGCACCAGCAACAGUCAUCAUCUCGAGUUACUGGCAUCUCUAUGGUGUGGAACCCUCCGUCUUUGAACAUCAUAACAGCACAUGAACCAGUGGCAGUCAUCAUCUCAAGAUUCUGGUAUAUCCAUGGUGCAGGACCCUCAGUCUGCAAAGAUCAUGCAGAGCGAACCUCAGAUGCCGUUUGACGAAAUCAAACCAUCCAAUCACAAACACAGCCUGUUGCAGCAGUUGUUACCAUAUUGACCCCAGUCAAACCUAAGAAGUCCAUAGAUAAAUACUUUUUUAGAUGUGCUAGUCUUUACGUACCUCCUGGUUUGUUCAGCACUUACUCUGACUCUUUGAAUUUAAUGACGGGUGAAAAUGAAUGACCUUGUUCAGUUCGAAAUGACACAUCACAACAAUUCAAGUGGAAAGCCAGAAAGUCAUGUCAACAGCCACAUUUUGUAUGUGUAACAGCCAAGUUGUUUUCAAAGAAAAACAAUAUUUUACAUUUUAUUUUUUAUUUGACCAAUGUUUCAUGGGAAUUAUGAUGCUGUCAGUCUCUUUAUGUUGAAAGUUUUGGUUAAAAAUAGCAUGUUAAUUUUUUUUUUAAAGCACACAUAUUGCAUUUAUAUCCAAUGUCUUUGUCUGUAUAAUGAAUUUUUCACUACAUAUUUUGAUCCUUAUAAUGGUAAAUGUAUGGGAAAAACAAUUUUAUCAAAGAUAUUCUAAGAUUGUCAAGUCUGUUUAAAUGAUGCUGGUAACUUUGACAAAAUUGAAAAAAAGGAGUAUUUUCAUAUUAUAAGAUAUGUUUCAGUUGUCUGUUUUUACCCGUAAUAUAGAUAAGCUAAUUUAAUGAAUUGUUCACGAAGGUUUAUAACUUUUACGCUUCAGCUUUUUCUGUCUUUUAAUCCUUCCGAAAACAAUACUAGUCAAUUAGCUGAUUUGGGUCGGUAUUCGAUCAUGAAUCUUGUUUAGUAGCAUACUAUUUCAUUGGAAUAAUAAUGCAUUCUGGGAAAAAUUAUUUAAUCUAACUAAAAUUAUUGAUUCUGUAAAUACCACUUUGUUGAUUUCAAUGGAUAUUGUUUGUAAAAUUAAUAUAGUAUGACUAUUGCGUGUUUGGGAAAGCUUUUAAUGAAACUGAGUAUUAUAAAAAACAAAAAAACAAAUAAAGAGUUUUAUGAAAAUUGUCAAAACUUAUUAUUGUUAAUUUGUGUUGUUAGAUCAUAGAUGUGUAUGCUCACAAUUGUUAAACUUUGUUUUUGGACACAAUAGUUUAUUAUGCGUAUCCUCUUUAAUAAGUGAGUAACUUAAUCAAGAUUUAUUGAUCACUGUAUAUAUUCUGUAGGUAUAUUUUGCCAUUUAUACAUAAAGCAACUGUAGAACAAUUGUAUUUUAAAUGUAAAUUAUUCUUGUAUUGUUGCCAUUUGUAUAAUAUAAACUAACUGUUUACCUUAGUUUGUAAAAACCUUUGUAAAAAAACAUUUCCUGUGUGAAUGCUCAUAUAUGUAUCAAACUGUUAAAAUAAUGCACAGUACCAGAAAAAAUAGUCAAUUACACAGUAAGGGAAAGUGUUGUCAUAUGCUAACAAUUGUAUAAAAUUGCAAUUGUCUCUAUUUGUAAUAAUAGAGAGCAAUAUUAUUUGCUUAAAAAAUAAAGAUGUCUGCUUUGUAAAUUAAUAAUUGUGUUUACAUCUCAACAUAACACGUAAAUACAUUAAAGUCUAAAAGGAUUUUUUUGAAUAAACACUUAAAUAAAUAUAUGUGCGUGUAUACGCUGAUAAAAAAAAUUUACAUUUCAUUUAGUUUUGUAACAGCGCAUUUGACCUUUCACGUUGACCAUCCCACACUUGCUGUCAGUGCAGUGCCUUCAUUAGGGUCAUUUUUAUGCUCCUGGUAGGGUGGCAUAUAGCAGUUGAACUGUCCGUCAGUAUGUCAGUCUGUCCUUUUGUCCGAAAAAAACUUAAACAUUGGCCAUAACUUUUUGAAUAUUGAAGAUAGCAACUUGAUAUUUGGCAUGCAUGUGCAUCUCAUGAAGCUGCACAUAUUGAGUGGUGAAAGGUGAUGGUCAAGGUCAUCCUUCAAAGUCAAAUGUCAAAUUUAUUGCGUCUGUCCGUCCGUCCAAAACUUUAACAUUGGCCAUAACUUGUUCAAUAUUGAAGAUAGCAACUUGAUAUUUGGCAGCCAUGUGUAUCUCAUGGAGCUACACCUUUUGAGUGGUAAAAGGUCAAGGUCAUCCUUGAAGGUCAAAGGUCAAAAAAAUAAUCAAAGUGGCGUUCCUAUGAAGCUGCACAUUGUGAGUGGUUCAAGGUCAAGGUCAUCAGUCAAGGUCAUCCUUCAAGGUCAAAGGUCAAAAAAAUAAUCCAAAGCGGCGUUCUCAUGAAGCUGCACAUUGUGAGUGGUGUGAGUUCAAGGUCAAGGCCAACCGUCAAGGUCAUCCUUCAAGGUCAAAAGUAAAAAAAAAAUUCAAAGCGGCGUCCUCAUGAAGCUGCACAUUUUGAGUGGUGGACGUUCAAGGUCAAGGUCAUCCUUCAAUGUCAAAGGUAAAAAAAAAAUCAAAGCGGCGCAAUAGGGGUCAUACUGUGUUUCUGACGAACACAUCUCUUGUUUGUAAAUAUCCCACUGUUUAAGUUCAGCAAAUGUUUUAAGACCAGAUUUCCUUAAACUUGGGGGUGUUAUUAUUUUACUUUUAUUGAAUGCAUGAAACAUGUGUGUUCCGUUGUUGAAUAGCUAAACAUAGCUUGAUGUGUGUAGAUUGUGUGACAAAUGUUGAUCAAAUUGUUACAUAGAAAAAAACACAAUCUUAGUUAACUUGUAUGUGUUAAUUACCAAACACAAAUAUAAGUAUUUUGUAACAAUAUAAGUAUUGUCUUUAUUUGAAAUACAGAAUGAAAUGCAAUUUUAAAAUCAUGUCUUUAUAUGUUCAUCUUCUCCAAAUAAGCAUUUUGAAAAAGCAAAUAUAAUAUCUCUAUGGAAAGUAUCCGUAGGCCCCAUGCAAUCGCUUGUGUACCUCAUAUUGAUCAGGGUCUUUCUAAAUUAUUUCAUGAUUGUUUAUCCCUGUCCCUGAAUUGUGUAAAUAGCUUCAACAUCGUGAGAUAUCUGUUAAGAGGAUUUCAAUAUUAAAAGUUAAAUAGUAUCUUAACUGUAACCGUACAUCUGUUGCAUUUAUUUUAACAUGUUUAUAUGUUGUGUCUCACUGAGUUUUAUAUUGUUUAUAAUCUUGCAUAUUUAAUUGUGUUUUAUAAGACAAACAUCAUUAUACUGAUAAUGUUGUUUUUGUCCAACAUUUCUAUGUAUACAAGUUGUAUGUAAAUAAUUAAAUAUGUUUAUGUUGAGGAUAUGUAUUUCCCGAUCUAAGUUUGAUGUUGAACUCUCAAUAAACGACAUGUUUUGCCAAUUAAAUCCCGAAUGAUUGUCUUGUCACUUAUAUAUAACUUGCCUCUAUUGAACAUGGGGAGCUCAUUUUGUUUUAUUUUGACUGUCAUUCCGUCUGUUAGUCCUCCAGCACACUUUAACCUCAUGCAUAAUUUACCAUAUCAAUCAUUGACAACAAUACAAAAUAUAAAAUCUCCAUAGGAAUAAUGAAACUCCGGAGGUGGUAUCCGAUAAAACAGUACUUACACCCGCUUAUCUCUUACCUAAGACAAGCGACUAAUUGCCUAUACAACACAGGGCAAUACCAAGGACAUACCUUGAACCAUUAACAUAAUUAAAACUAAAACACGGUCUUGGACAUGUCUAUAUCAAUCAUGUGGGAUUUCCAUUGUUAUUAAGUUUAUUAAUGUAACUACAUGUAAAAUAUAACGGUAAACAAAUGAGGAAUGUAUGGUAAAACACUGUCAUGCCAAGAUGUUAGCUUUCAGUAUUUAAAUACCUUAAUGCUGCUUAAUUUAUGCUUUUUAUUGUACUAUUGGUGAAAUAACUCGCUUAAUAAUGGUUAUUAAACGAAUAUGUUAAAUCAGUAGGAACGUACUUAAUUCUAUACUCAUACAAUUCUAUUAAUAUUUGUUUUAAUACUGUCUAUAGUACACUUGCUAUACAGGUAAAAGUAUAUAAGUUAACAACCUUGAAAAUAAAGAGGGCAGCUAUCACAACUUACGAAUAUCUUUAAAAAAUAUAUAAUUACAAGGAUUAUUAACAUUCAACAAAUAGGUCUGUUUAGGCUGUAUUAUACAUUUUCUAACACGGUUUUAUGCUAUUUGUAUAUGACCCGGAACCUACCCACAAAUACAUAACAGCAAUAUAAACUGCCUUAUUUAUUUUAAAGUGUAAGCACACAAGCUAAAUAUAUUCUAAUAUAUUAAUACAUUUUAAUAACCCACUUAAAAUGAACAUGGCCCAUGUUUCAGACUGCACCAAUUUGUAUUUUUCAUUGACAAAACACACAUGCACAAUCUUCUUAUCUCUCGUAGAGCCGUCAGAUAUAACUUUGAGGAGACUUAAGAUAGCAAAACAUUGACACCAGUUGCAGAAAGAUAAGCAUAAUAUGUCGAACUGACUUCUUACAACACAACAUCUGUAUUGACUUUGGCAGUUUGUAUACGACCAUAUGAUCACUUCCGGGUGAAAUAAUGGGCUUUAUAAUGUUGAAUAUAGGCUCAUUGAACUUCAUGUAUAGCGAUUUUGUAUUUAAAGGGACUUUUACAACUGUGUGGUAUAGGUUGAAACAUAUUUAAAAGAACACUGUAAAUCAGAUAGCGCAAUAACACAAUAGACACAUGAUCAUAAUGAACAAACAUAUGCGUGUAUGAGAAAUAAUAAUAAAUUGAUAAAACAAGAAAGAGUAACACGGCAAAGUAUUUGGAAAUUUUGAAAGGCUUCUGUUUGUUUAUGUUAUGAAUACAAUGUUUGAUUUUUUGUAAAAAUUCGGAUGAACAAGCUCUUACAGUGACAGUCUGUUUUAAUCCAAAGGUAAGGGGCUCAAGCCCAGGUAGGGAUAACGAUUGUGUCUGUGUUUUUGUUAAAUUAAAAUUUGUUGUUUUUUAGCUCCACUGGCGAAUGCCCAGAGAUGCUUAUGUCAUGGUCGUGUGUCCGUCAUGCGUGCGUCCGUGCGUUAACUUUUCCUUUAAACAUAUUCUCCUAAACUACUGGUCCAAUUCGGAUGAAAUUUCUCAGGAAUGUUCCUGGGAUGAACCUCUAUAAAAUUUGUUCAAAUAAUGCCCCUGAGGUCAAAUUUUACCCUGCCCCGGGGGUCAAAAAAUUGAAAAUUUGCUUUUAUAAGGCCUAUUUUGUGAAAACUUUAAAAACUUCUUGUCCAUAACCAUUAGGCCUAGGGCUACCAAAUUUGAUAUGUAGUUACAUCUAAUAAACAUCUUCCAAAUUUGUUCAAAUAAUGCCUCUGGGGUCAAGUUUGACCCUGCCCCGGGGAGUCAUAAAAUUGAAUAAACGCUUAUAAAACGCCUAUUUUGUGAAAUCUUUAAAAAUCUUAUUGUCGAAAACCAUUCAGACAAUGGCUACCAAAUUUGGUAUGCAGUAACAUCUUAUAGUUCUCUACCAAGUUUGUUCAAAUUAUUCUCUUUGGGUCAAAUUUGACACUUACCUGUGGGUCAAAAAUUGAACAUUAUAGUACCUAGGGCUACCACAUGUUGUAUGUAAUGAGGUAUAGUAGUCCUUUACAAAGUUUGCUCAAAUUAUGCCCCUGGGGUUAAAUUUGACUUAGCCCAGGGGGUCACAAAAGUGUAAAUGUGCUUAAAUAGGGCCUAUUUUUAAGUAUUUGCACAUGCCGAGAAUAUUUGUUUCAGCCUUUUUUCAGCAGUGGAGUGAUACAGGACCAUCAUGGCCCUCUUGUUUAUCAUUGUAAAGCUUUAAAAGCAAUUCACGCCAAAUGUAAAAAAUGCAAAAUCUAUAAACACGCCCGUUUAUAUUCAAGCAUUACAGUUGUCUGCAAUAUCGUUGUACAAAUUGCAUGUUUAUCUCGUUCUUCAUAGAAAUGUGCAUUUGUCAAUAUCUUCAAAAUCGCAACAUUCCUCUUAGGUUAAUGUUUAGUAUGUAUAUUUUGCUAUAUAAAUUAAUCGUUAUCAUAUACGUUUCAGUUUUUCCAACAUGUUUUUACUGUAAAUGUAAUUUAAUUGAAUAUUUUCAAUAGUAUUUCGUACAAAAACUGCCAUAAUUUUUUAAGCCAGCGCACAUUAUACUAAUUAUAGGAUAGGGUCAACCACUACUGUAAUCAUUGUUUGUUUGUAGAUGUAUAUAAUGAUACUGUGUCUAUAUAUAUGUACACAUGUUGAAUCAAGUGUUUUAUUCCAUUAUCGUAAAUGAACACGGCUAUCCCUGAAGUUCAAAUAUUGUUGUACGUUGACUAUUUGUUACCAGCACAAUACAAAAAAUAUGUUUCAUGUUCUUA